AUGGGGAAACGAGUCGGCUGCGUGCAGCAGGUUGGGUCCCGGGUGGCACGGCAGCGUGGGGGCCGGAGCGAUGUCCCCCCGCUGAGCAGCUGCCCGUCCCCGCAGAGCUGCCUCAGCAGGCAGCAGCUCCUGGCCGCCAUCCGGCAGAUGCAGCAACUGCUGAAGGGGCAGGAGACGCGCUUUGCCGAGGGCCUCCGUGUGAUGAAGAGCCGGCUGAGCACCUUGCACGCCUCCCUGGCCAAAGCCGCCCCUGAGCCGCCGGCCGCCUCCUGCCCUGCCCUGCAAGCCCCCGUGGAUGGGAGGAAGUUUGGCACCAAGUAUUUGGUGGAGCACGAGGUUCACUUCACCUGUGACCCGGGCUUCCAGCUCCUGGGCUCCAGCACACGGACGUGCCAGGCCAACGGCAGCUGGACUGGGCAGGAGCCCCACUGCGCAGAGAUCAGCGAGUGCUCGAGCAGCCCCUGCCAGAACGGCGGGACGUGCCUCGAGGGGCUGAACCAGUACAAGUGCCUCUGCCCCCAGCAGUGGACUGGAGCCACCUGCCAGUACCAGGCGCAGACGGCUCCUCCCGCCUGGAGCGUCACAGAUGACCCGGCGUUCAGCCGCCAGCCCCGCUGUGCCCAGAUCGACCGGACCCAGCACUGCAGCUGCGAGCCCGGCUUCCAUAUGAGUGGCACGGCUGCCAACGGCCUCUGCCAGGACCUCAACGAGUGCGAGGUGUACAAGCGGGAGGGGGGUCCCCGGCUCUGCGCCCACGCCUGCGUCAACCUCCCCGGCUCCUACCGCUGCGCCUGCCCCGGUGGGUACGUCCUCCUGGGUGACGGCAAGAGCUGCGAAGACAUCGAUGAGUGUGCCCUGUCCCAGGAUAACUGCACGAGGGGGACCACCUGCAUCAACACGGGGGGGGGCUUCCAGUGCGUCAGCCCCCAGUGCCCUCAGCCUGCCGGCAAUGUCACCUACGUCAAAACAUCACCCUUCCAGUGUGAGCGCAACCCCUGCCCGAUGGAGAGCCGGUCAUGCCACCAAGCACCCAAAACCAUCUCCUUCCACUACCUUCCCUUGCCUUCCAACCUGCUGACGCCCACCCCGCUCUUCCGCAUGGCCACGGCGGCGGCACCCGGCCGGCCGGGACCCGACAGCCUGCGCUUCGGCAUCGUGGGGGGCAACAACCGCGGCCACUUCGUGAUGCAGCGCUCGGACCGGCAGACCGGGGAGCUCAUCCUGGUGCAGAGCCUCCAGGGUCCCCAGACCAUUCAGGUGGACGUGGACAUGUCCGAGUACCUGGACCGUGUCUUCCAGGCCAAGCACAUGUCCAAAAUCACCGUCUUCGUCUCUGCCUACGAGUUUUAG